AUGUCUUCAGUAAUAAUAACUUCAUCAUUCCGGGUUCCUGCGUUUUGCGAAAUACCUGAGGAAGUCUUUCAUUGUCAAAUAUUCAUUCAUUUCGAUUAUGUUUGGAUGUAUAGAGUAUUUCGUUUGGUUUGUAAACAUUCCGAUCGUAUUGUUACGAGAAAUUCUUUCUCAUCCGUGAAUGAAUUGAAAGUCUUUUUGGAUAAUAAUGUUUACAGAACGAGGAGCUUUAUAGAAUGUUGUGAGAAGGGAUAUUUUCAACAUGUAAAAUCGUUGAGAAUUUGUGGAGGACGAGAAUUGUCUCAAUUAUCAAAAGAUAUGGAUCUAAUUGAUGUGUUUGAUGAUGAUUCGUGUUGUUCACUUCAGAGAUUGGAUACAUAUUUAAAUUGUUUUCCGAAUUUACAAAAAUUACAAUUGGAUAAGAGGUACUUUGAUGAUUCUAUUGUGAAAGGGAUGAUCAAUUGUCAGAAUUUAAAAAAUUUAACGCAUCUUGAUCUCUUCUCUGCACGUAUACACGACAAAUCUAUUUCAUUAAUUGUAUCAAACCCACUGUUUUCCAAUUUAACAUGUUUACGCAUGAAUCAAAUCCUUGGAAAAGAGUGUGUGAAACGAAUUUGUUCAUCUCCCUACCUGUCAAAUUUGAGAGAUUUACAAUUGUUGACCUGCAAGAUUGGAGAUGCUGGACUGUAUGAGAUUUCACAAAGUACAACCCUUAAACAAUUAACCGCUCUUGAUUUGUAUGGAAAUGACAUUUCAUUCGAUGGAGUGAAAUACAUUGAACAUAGUUCAGUAUUUAACAAUCUUAUCUCACUCAAUUUACAAGAAAAUAACAUUCCAACAGAAGGUAUCGAAUAUUUGGCAACGUGUAAAAAUUUAUCAAAUCUUGAAGAAUUUAAGUUUGGGCGUGUUUUAACUGCCGUCUCCAUUCGUGAAAUUAUUGCAAUUUUCAACGGACCAAUGAAAAAAAGUAGGAGCCUUUUAUUUUCACCAAGCUCGGAUGCAGAGUUUGAACAAUUCAUCUCCUGUAAGAAUAUUUCAUCAUUGAAAUCUCUUGAUAUGAAUUGCUGCUGCUUAUUUUCAAAUCAUGGGUUGACAUUGUUGACCAAUUGCGAAAAUUUAUCACAAUUAGAAACACUCAGGAUUGGAUACACAAAAGUCACAAAUUUCAUGCCAUUGAUCACGAGCAAGUACUUGAAAAAUCUCACUGCUUUGAAUGUGUCCGGACAAGGAACUCUUACUUCGAGUACUUUGUUAGAACUGUCAAAAGCAUUUCCCAAACUCAAAGUUCUGGACUUUGCUGGAAACGAUGGAAUUUCCAUGGAUAGUAUUUUACAGUCUCUCGACCAUUUAAAGUAUUUAGAAGUACUGUAUUUACCAAACAUUGACUGGGUCUCACCGGAAAAGAUUCAACAAUUUGCUUCUCACCCGGUCAUGGCACGACUCACUCAUCUCACGUGCACAAAUAAGAAGAAUGAUUUCAUCAUGAAUUUCUUUGGAGAGUUUUCACAGCUUGAGAAUUUAACCUAUCUCAACAUGAGAGGGCAACCUUUGAGUGUUGAGGAGGUUCAAGUGUUGGCCUCAACUCCAAAACUGAGGAAUUUGAGAUACUUGUUUCUGCCUAGAGGAUGUCCCGCCACACCAUUGUGUGACAUUCUCAAGAAAAGUCCCUAUCUUUAUGGAAUUAACGAUGGAGAGAGAAACCAUUUGGAAGGCUUGUUUUAUUAA